AUGUCCGUCGAAGAAAUCCCACAAGGUGCCGAAAUCAACAUCAUCUCUAAGAACGAGAAGAAGGCCAGAGAAUUGAUCAAGAAAUUGAACUUGAAGCAGAUCAAGGGCGUUUCUAGAGUCACCUUCAAGCAGAGAGGUAACUUGAUCUAUGCCAUUGACCAACCAGAUGUCUACAAGUCCGCUGCCGGUACCUACGUUGUAUUCGGUGAGGCCAAGGUCGAUGACAUGAACCAGAGAUUGGCUGAGGCUCAGGCUGCUCAGGCUCAGGCUCAGGGCCAGGCCCAGGCUGAGGAGGAAGAGGUUGCUGACAAGUCUCCAGAGUCCAUUACUGCUGACUUGGAGAAGGCUUCUUUGAACCAGAACAAGGUCGAGGAAGUUGUUGACGAAGAGGGUGAGGUCGAUGAGUCUGGAUUGGAUGCCAGUGACAUUGCCAUCAUCGUUGAGCAGACCCAAGUUUCCAGAGCCAAGGCUGUUGCUGCUUUGAGAAAGCACAAGGGUGACAUGGUCAAUGCCAUCAUGGACUUGUCUUAA